CAGAGUGGUUGCACCCGCGGCAUCCCCUCUAGAAAUUAGGAUGGUCUGGGCCCAACACCCUGUUUGCCAGUCCACUCAAACACACCACGUACUGUUGGGAGGAGGAAUGGAAUGAGACUUCAGAUUUUAUAGCUCCAGGUCACAUGCACUGCUUCAUAAGAGCUGCCCGACCUCCUAGCACAGCAGUGGCUAGCCAGGGUGCGCAAGGGGAAGCAAGGAUGUGGAACUCCACCUCAAGCUUACUGCCCCCUCCGGAGUCCCGGGACCUGUUCCUGCAGCCCCUCUGGGACCACAUCCUCCUCCACCACCGUGCCCUGGUGUCUUCCCCCUUCCUGCCCGUCUUGCUGGCCUUCUCCAGCUACGUCCUGUUCAGUCUGCCCUUUGCAGUGCUGGACCUCCUGGGCGAGAGGGCGCCCGUGUUCCACCGCCACAAGAUCCAGAAGGGGCGGCGGCCCACGCCGCGGAUGAUGGCGGCCAGUUUCUGCCGGGCGGCCUACAACCACCUGGUGUUCGUGGUGCCCGCCGCCCUCGUCGGCGGCCUCGUGGUGCCUCCGCCCACCCUGCCCGACUCCGCCCCCACAGUCAGGGAGCUGCUUGCCGGUCUGCUCGCGACCCUGUUGGUCUUCGACACCCAGUAUUACGUCUGGCACGUGGUGCACCACAGGAACCGUCACCUGUACAGGUGGGUGCACGCCCUCCACCACGACUACGUCGCGCCUUUCUCCUGGGCCGCCGAGCACCUGAGCGCGGUGGAGCUCAUGACUCUGGGAUUCUGGGGCAACCUGGACCCCAUCCUGCUCCACUGCCACCCCUUGACCAUCUGGGCGACCACCGUCGUCAGCAUCUGGCUGUCCGUGGAGGACCACAUUGGCUAUGACCUGCCAUGGACCCUCAACCGGCUGGUGCCCCUGGGCCUGUUUGGGGGUGCACCAGCCCACGACAUGCACCACCAGAAGCCCAACAGCAACUUUGCACCCUUCUUUUGCCACUGGGACAGGAUCUUUGGUACGGCCGCCAGUUUAGAGACAGAGACUGACAAAAUCCCCUGGAGAAAAGGAAACUUUUAACCACCAACACAAAUCAGAUUCACCGUUUUCAUCUUUUUUCUCUUUUUGAUGGGUUUCAGGGUUUAAGAAGCUUUAAAUACGAAUGUUUGAUUUAUUAUGCUUUUCAUUUAAAUGCAUUGUCUUGUUUUGCUGCUUGUUCCUAAGAUAUGUUUUUGAUAUGUAUUAAAAGAAAGUUCCUCUGAA